CAGAAAGUUCGAUUGCAGAAGUGGUUGUUGGAAAUGCAUACCGUCCAUGAUAUGCAAAUCGGUGGCUUGGCUCCGUUCAAGCCUGUCCAAUUAUCUAGCCCAUAUGUCAUUUGACCUCCAUCUUAAUGGCAGUUUUAUACCUCAUGUGAUUGGCUGAAAUACGACCCAUAACAGCCUUGCUCAGCCUCAUUCUCCCAGUGUCCCGCCAUGUAGAUAGACAGCCUCGCGCCAUACAUCCACACUAAAGUGCUCACCUACCUCAAUACCACACACAACCCAUCCCAUCCCACAAUGCACAUCCUCGUCGUCGAUGACAAGUAGUACUGCCCAUGACACCCCAAACCCACACAAGCUAACGUCCCCUAGCGAGAUCAACCAAAAGCUCGCCACCAAAAUUCUCCAACGCCUCGGCUGCAGAAGCAUCGCAACCGCUCACAACGGCCAGCAUGCAUUAGACUAUCUGUCCGGACCAUUUCCCCGCCCGGACAUAAUCUUCAUGGAUAUCUCAAUGCCAGUGAUGGACGGCAUCCAAGCCACCCAUAUCAUCCGCACCCAACUGCCCUUCAUCGCCGAUCCCAAGAUCCAGCGGACGCCCAUUAUCGGGCUCGUGGCCUGCAUGGGCAUCUGUCUCAGGGAGGAUCAGAAGGCCGGAUUCAAUGUCUUUCUGAAGAAGCCGCUGAGAGUGGACCAUUUGAGGCGUCAGUUGACAUUUUGGGCUAGAGAGGAGAUUAUGCCUCUUCCUGGCGGGACGGGGGGGUCUCCGGGGUUGAUGGUGGGGUUGAAAAGGAGAUAUCGGGGGCCGCGGUCCAGAAUUUAGAGGAGUGGAGUCGCGUGAUAGGUCUUUGUUGCGUUUGUGUAUAGAGGAGACUAUAAUGUCUGAAAUGACUGU